AUGGCCACUCCUGCAGAAUCCGAAAAGCCAGAAACCCCUGAAGUUGAAGACACACCGGUUGCAGAAACUGCAGAAGACUCUCAACCGCCAAAAGAGACUGAGCCGGUAGAUCUUGAGAAAUUGAGAGCUUCAUUUCAAGAAAAGGCCAAAACAUAUUUGAUUGAACAAUCAAGACACGUUGUAAUUCCAUCGUUCUCAAAAUGGUUUAAUCUCAAUGACGUUCAUCAAAUUGAAAAAAACCUGUUUCCGGAUUUCUUUCCACCAAAGACACAAGACGGUGCUCCCAAAUCAGUGUACAAGACACCCGAGACUUAUCGAAACAUGAGAGAUUUCAUGAUCAACACUUACAGAAUUAAUCCAAUUGAGUACCUUACUGUCACUGCAGUUAGACGUAACUUGGCUGGUGAUGUUGCCAGUAUUAUUCGCAUUCAUCGUUUCUUAGAGAAAUGGGGCUUGAUUAACUAUCAGAUUGACCCAAGAACCAAACCAUCUCUCGUGGGACCACAAUACACUGGACAUUUCCAGAUCACUUUGGAUACACCUAAGGGGUUGGUUCCUUUCGUCCCAGAAGAAAUUGCUGUGAACGAGAAAGAACCAUCACAAGAAACUUCAGCCCCAGUUGCCCAAAAGCAGCCCUCCGAAGCUCCAGUCAAGCAAGAAGAAGAGGAUAUCCUGGUGAUCCCUCUUAAUAUGGAAGUUACACGCAAUAUUUUUGACGAUUCGGUAAGCUCAAAGGCUGCCUCUUCUGUGCUGUACUUCUGCAAUGAAACUUCGAAUGAUGUUUCAGACGUCAGAUACCACAAUUUGAAAAACACAUCACUGGCUGGCAGUAAUGUUGGCAAUCUGAUUAUCAGCAAAGAAUGUUUUGAACAAGGCUUGUUCCCGCUGAAUUUCGUUUCUUCGGAUUUUGUAAAGUUAGAGAAGAACUUGAAACAAUCGCAAUGGACGCCUCAGGAAAUACUUUUGCUUUUAGAAGGUGUUGAGAUGUAUGCCAGCGUUGAUGCAAACAGUCAAUCUUUGUUUGUUAAUAAUAAUGGGCAAUGGGAUCGUAUCAGUGAACAUGUUGCAUCUAAAACUAGAGAGGAGUGUUUGAUCAAGUUUUUGCAAUUGCCAAUUGAAGACAAGUACUUACACAAGCUAGUAAAGUCUGAAGAUCAAUCGAGCCGAGACACUGGCAUUGAUAAGGAUACUAUUGUUCAGGAAGUUGUCCGCAAAUUAGUGGAGUCGAAUGAAGGCAAGGAUGUUGUGAACAAGAAUGCACAGGUGAAUUUACAAGAGGCAGUUCUCGAUCAGACAAACUUGAUCAAUCAGGUUAUCGAGUUGACAUUGGAGAAGGUUGACGCGAAAUUGAAGAUUAUCAAUUACCUAGAAGCGGAUUUGAUGAAAACCGAGAAUCUAUUGAACUUGCAGCGCAAGCAAGCUUUGAUCGAAAGAUGGCUGAACUUCGAAAAGAUUAAUCAAUUCAAAAAGGAAAAUACACAUCCGGAAUUGAAUUCUUUGUUGGACGACUUGUUGACACCCAUCAAUAUCAACGAAAUUAACAAAUCGUUUAACAAGAUUAAAUUAGAUACCGAAUUGGCAGAAAGCACCCCCGAAACCGAUAAGGCUGAAGAACCAGUUUUGCCCGUCAGUGUGACACAACCCAAAGCAUAUCAGUUCUGGUCUGCUUAG